CCACGCGCCGCCCUCGUCGUCGACCGCAACGUCACCGUUCCCCGCUCUCACGGACCGUGCGGCGCGCGCGGACCUGCCCAGUAAAUGCGAGGCUUCCGUUCGGUGUUUGUUGUACGUACGCGCCAGUGAGAGAGGGUGUUCGGGUUACACGGUAACGUCGUACGCGAGACUGUAGAGUCUGCGUACGUGUAUCUCGGCGACGUCUCGUUCGUCGUUUAUUGUGCGUUGGAUCGUUCCUCCGGGUCGUCGUCAUGCCGCUCAGUAUCGGUGUUAAUCUGCGGGUGACCGGCCACUGUAAUCAGGGCGGGCGCAAAUACAUGGAGGACAUGUUCUGCGUGGCGUUCCAGCCGACACCGGACGACAAGGAUCUCGAGUACGCGUUCUUCGGGAUAUUCGAUGGCCACGGUGGCGGGGAGGCCGCGACCUUCGCCAAGGAACAUCUCAUGGACAGCAUCGUGAAGCAGAAGAACUUUUGGAGCGAUCGGGACGAGGACGUGCUGCGGGCGAUCAGGGACGGAUACAUGAACACGCAUUACGCGAUGUGGCGGGAGCUCGAUAAAUGGCCAAGAACCGCAUCCGGAUUGCCGUCCACGGCUGGGACAACUGCCAGCAUAGCAUUCAUACGGAAAGGCAAGAUUUACAUAGGCCACGUGGGAGAUUCCGCUAUUAUACUAGGCUAUCAGAUGGAGGGUGAUCCUCAAUGGCGAGCGAAAGCUUUGACGAAAGAUCACAAACCGGAGAGCGGGCCAGAAAUGACACGGAUACAAGAGUCGGGAGGAAAAGUAGUUAGUAAAUCCGGCGUCCCAAGAGUUGUAUGGAAUCGACCUCGUAUAGGACAUAAAGGUCCAGUUCGAAGAUCUACUCACAUGGACGAAAUCCCAUUUCUCGCGGUAGCCAGAUCUUUGGGUGAUUUAUGGAGUUAUAAUUCUGAAUUAAACACUUUUGUCGUCUCUCCCGAACCAGAUGUCAAAGUUAUUCCAGUUGAUGUCAAAUCACAUCGCUGUCUCAUUUUUGGUACCGAUGGCUUGUGGAAUAUGUUAUCGCCACAAGCUGCGGUAGCAAUUGUUCAAGCCACCGACAGGCACAAUGAGAAACAUUUAAUAGCAUCUCAGCAGACUGGCAAUGGUGCUGAUUUACAAAUGUGGAUAAAUCCUUCAAAAAGUCUUGUGGAUCGUGCAUUAGAGAGGUGGUCAUCAACUAGAUUACGGGCAGAUAACACUAGUGUUGUAACAUUAAUGUUAGAUCCAUCAGGACCAUGUCGUAGUGAGGUAUUGUUUAAUCAAAAGAAGGAUCGCGUUAUACAUCAUGGAACACAUGCAACUACAACGAUGAUACCCGAAAACAUCGAGAAAGCCAAUUCGAAAAUAAUAUCACCGUGCAUGCCAAUAUUACCGCCAAGCAUUUCCACAAAUCUUGACAUUUCUACGAAUCCUGACAUUGAUGCCAAACAACCGGACUCGUCAAAUGGAAGUGAGGAAGUCGUCGAUCCGAUGUUGCAACCGCAGACAGUUUCGCUUUCUGAAGAAUCAACUUCACCAGAGAUUGAUGUCUCCUCAGAAUUACAAGACACUAUGAAGGACAAAAAUAUCGAGACUGCUGAUAUCGGCGAGAGUAUCCAGGUUGCCGAAAUCUCCUCUAGCCAAAUGCCAGAAGAAAUUGGAGAAGCGGAAAAUAAGAUAGCGGAUAAAACUAUUCUUGAUAAAUUAGAAAAUUUCGAAAACGAAAAAAAGCAAAUAGUUGAACAGCACGAAAACGAGAAGGCGAAAAUUGAUAACACGCAAAUUCCGAUUCAAUCAAAUUUAAAAUCGAAUAAGCCUGAACUUAAGGAACUUGUAGACGAAGCUUGUGGAGUAUCUAACGUGACGCGACAAAAUACAUUUUCUGAUACAAAAGAGGAGGCAAUCCAACCCGCUCCUCUUUUAAGCAGAUUACGCCGAAGUGGAGGUAUUGUUCCUGUUAAAAGCAAAAGUUUCGAUAACGGCGAAGUGAGAAAUAAUGUAUUGAACGGAUCGAGGCACAAGCAACAGCACUCUUUAUUUCCCGCCGCGAGGACGGACGUUAGAACGAUAAAGCGUCGGCACAGUUUAAACUCCUCACAGACUCAGAAUGUUUUCAUGCCGACUCCGGACCCAAAAACUUAUGUGAGUGUAAAAUCACGAUACAGUAGAGUAUCGAAAUCAUCCGUUGCGGGAAAUGCGUCAGUGGAUGAGACAACGAAGAAUACAUCAAAACUAAAAGCAGAUACUAGUUGCAAACGCAGGCACAGUACGAUCACGCAAGUAUCAGUCGCGUCGACUGGAGUUGAAAAUGAAUGCACGCAACAAGAACCGUGUGCAAAGAGGAGGACACGUUCCGAGGACCGACGGCAGAAUCCUACAGACGAGAACGAUCCGGCCAAUCAAACGAUGGAAAAUGCGAGUGGUCGAUUAAGUUGGCCCACAUCGGACGGACGACCGGAUUCAACAUUAUCAUUGAACACGACGACACUUUCUUCGUCGUUUCAACGUAGAAAUUUAGCAAAGAAGGCCACACCUGUUAAAACUAUUAGAAGGCCAUCCAUCAACGGUUCGAAACUACAACAACUGAGAGGUAGUUUUCUACGGGAUUGGGAUCAAGGUAGGAGCAAUCGAGCGAACAAUUGUAACGACAGAAGGACAUUAAAUAGGACAGUAUCAAUCAUCGGCCCUACAGAUACAACGAUGCCACAGCGAUGGUUAAGAUCAGAUACAAUGGCAGCAACACCUGUAAAAACACUACGUUCGCGUAAUGUAGAUAUCGUAGGUAACACGAUAUCUGCACAGUUGGUUCACCAGUAUGGAGUGGUAAAGCAAAAUCGAUUACCCUUACCGAACAAGUUGAAGCAGUCUGCAAAUGGUGGAUCGUUACAAUCUAGUAGGGUCAGGUCUUCCUCGUUGUCAUCCAAUAAACUUAAACAAGCGAAUAGUAACAAUGGAAGUGUGAGUACUUGCGCGACCAUUAAUCCGUCGACCACAAGUUCCACUUCUGGUAUAGCUAAGAGGGUCAAAUCACCAUACAAUCCCAGUGCUCGAUCAUUGAGCACGCGAUCUCGCAUUAAACGUCUUGGAAAGUAAAGUAACGUUUAUAGUUUUCUUUUAUGCGAAUUAGAUAAUUUUUAGGGUAUGAUGCAUUCUUACCCUUAUUUUCUUUAAUUGCAAAUUAUGUUAUUAUGAUAUAAAAUUUAAUUUUUGCGUACAUAUAUGUCUCUCUUCAAAACUUCUUCACUUUUAUUUUUGAAGUUUUGCAUGCUUUUUCUCUUUCAAUAUAUUUACCAUGAUUGGAGGGGGCUUGAGCUUUAUAAUUAAUGUUAAUAUUUUGUUCUUACAUACAUAGAACACACGUAGAAUUAAAUCAGGUGUAAAAUAAUUAUUUGUGUACAAUUAUUUAGGUACAUUUUAAAAUUUAUUAUGCUAUAUGCAAAUUCUCAUAUUUCUUCGUGACACAACUAUUGUUUUAUCAUUUAUUACCAUUAUGUAUUAUUUUUAUUGUUACUGAAAUGAUUUCUGUUCUUUCCUGUUCUUUUUUGUGAGCUCUUUCACAUUCGUAUCUACUUUCUUUUAUAAAACAUUAGAUAUCCUAUUGGAAAUAAAUUGCUGUGCUCUCCCAUUG